AAGGGAAAGUCGAAAGAAAUGAGGAAAAUUCCAAUUGUAAACUUAUCUUUAUAUAUUUCUUCAAGUGGUAACCAGUAAACAAUACAGAGAGAGGAAUUGUAGGAGAGAAAUCAGUAUGAGGGAUUCGGUAAUGGAUCUUUUUGACCCGAGAACGGCAGUGAUGGACUCGGAUAAUUCGUCGCCUACCAGGUCCCCUAACCCGGACUUCGCGUUCGCCUUCAACGACAGCAACUUCUCGGACCGGGUCCUCCGGAUCGAGAUAGUAUCCGAUUCACUCGAGACCCAACCUGAGUCCCAGGUUUGCCACACCGUCGCCGACUGGGCACGCAAGAGCAAGCGUCACAGAGGCGACGUCGCCAAGAUGGAAAAUGACAUGUGCCACUCUUUUACAGCUUUGGACAUCAAUACUCACCCUGAGGAGCAGAUUUUAGAUAGUCAGCAGCCUGAUAUCGAUGAUGAUGUGGGUGAUGAAAAUCAUGAUGAAGAAGAAAUUCGGUUGAUAGAAGAAUCACCCUCAGGUAUGGGAAAAAUAUUAAUUCUGGUUUUCGUUGUUAAUUCAUUUAUUGACAUUAUGUUACAACUGAAGUCAACAAAUUCGUGUUCAGCAUAUAAAUUCUUCGAAUGUUUGAAGGGAAACAAGCCAACACAGUCAUUAAUUUGGCUUUUCAUAUCAAAAUUGUAGAUAAUAGAUCCAGGAUGACAUGCAAUGAGGAGAAUAUUACACAAAUAAAUUGCAGUAAGGUCCAUUUAAAUUGCAAUAAGGCCCAAAAGGAGUGCUGUCAGAAAAAUGAAUGAAAAAAUGUCAGAUAAAUGAAUAAAAAAUUGGCUUGGGAAAGUUUUGGAAAGUGUGUUUGUGUAUUAGUCAACAACCAGAGAUUUAAAUUAAUUUAUGAAGAAGAAAUUCGGUUGAUAGAAGAAUAACCCUCAGGUGUGGGAAAAAUAUUAAUUCUGGUUUUCGUUGUUAAUUUAUUUAUCGACAUUAUGUUACAACUGAAGUCAACAAAUUCGUGUUCAGCAUAUAAAUUCUUAGAUCGUUUAAAGGGAAACAAGCCAACACAGUCAUUAAUUUGGCUUUUCAGAUCAAAAUUGUAGAUAAUAAAUCCAGGAUGACAUGCGAUGAGGAGAAUAUUACACAAAUAAUUUGCAGUAAGGUCCAUUUGAAUUGCAAUAAGGCCCAAAAGGAGUGCUGUCAGAUAAAUGAAUGAAAAAAUGUCAGAUAAAUGAAUAAAAAAUGGCUUGGGAAGGUUUUGGAAAGUAUGUUUUAAUACUUGUAUGUCAUGUUGGUGUAUUAGUCAACAAACAGAGAUUUAAAUUAAUUUGUCCAGUCAUCAAAAUCUUUUUGUGACCAUGCUAUAACUUUUUUUGACUGAAACACUAGUUAAAUGUUCAAUUCUUCUGAAAAUUUGUGUUUGCUUUGCUGAAGGAAAUUUUUUCUGCUUUUGGAUAUUUGGUUCAGCGAGAUUAGAAUAUUAAAAAAAUGACUUGGAAACAGUGAAACGGGCCUUCAGCCGUGUAAAUGUCUAAACAUAGCAGUAUGUAUUUCAUUGCAAUCAGAAGAGGUCAGGUGGUGAGGGUUGGAUAUAGCCUGGAACGUGAAAUUUUAGGGAAUUUAGAAUUAUAGGUUUUCCAUACGAGUCAUAGCAUAUUUAUGGAUCGCAUGAGCAGGUCACUUGUUAUCUAUUAUUUAGUUGUUUGAAUGUAUUGCAUCAUGUAACAUGUGAAUUUAUUGAAAUUAGGCCUUUCUCUCUUGGCUAUUCAGCAAUAUAAGUGAUGCAGCACCAAUAGAAAAUUUAAUGAGGAAGAGAAAAUCAAUGAAUCGGGAAGAAGAAUUCAGGGUAAGGGAUGGAAGAAGAAGAAAAUAGGGGAAGAAGAAGAAGGGGAAAGGGGGGAAAUUUCGCCACAAACCACCAAAUUUUUUUAUUCAAUUAUCAACUAAUGAAAUUACAUGGAAAAGUAAGUUUAAAUAGUAAACCAAAACCCUAACUAGAAUGGGCUUGGGUCAAUAGAAGCCCAAUAAAAAUCCACAACAGAAUAAAGUCUACCAAAAUGAAAUAAGGUCCAAAAUGAAGUAAUGUUCGACGAGAAAUAAAUAAAAAGACUGAACGCCAAUUCUAUUGGCGUGAUAAGACUAUAGAGGAGGUUGAACGCCAAUUCUAUUGGUCUAGUUUGAAGAAAAUGUGGCUACGAUUGUUAGUACAUGUAAUACUUGUCAAUUGGCUAAACAGAAGAGGCAAAACACAUGCCUCUACACUUCUCUUCCCGUCCCCAAUUGUUCUUGACAAGAUGUUAGUAUGGAUUUUGUGUUAGAACUUCCAUGCACUCCAAAGAAACAUGAUUCUAUUUUUGUGGUUGUCGAUCGUUUCUCGAAAAUGACUUAUUUUAUCCCCUGUAGUAAGAUCUCGGAUGCGUCCAAGGUUGCCAUGUUAUUCUUUAAUGAGAUUGUCAAAUUGUAUGGGCUUUCUAAGACCAUUGUGUCUGAUAGAGAUAUUUGUUUCACUAGCUAUUUUUGAAGAACUAUGUGGCAAAAGAUGGGUGCCAAAUUGAAAUUUUCUACGACCUAUUACCCUCAGACUGACGGUCUAACUGAAGUAGUUUUGGUAAUUUGUUACGAUGUCUGGUACGGGAAAAUCUUCGAAAUCAGGAUUUAAUCCUUCCUAUAGCUAAAAUUGUGUAUAACAGUUCCAUGAAUCGCUCACUAGUUAUGAGUCCAUUUGAAGCCAUUCAUGGGUAUAAAUUUAGGAAGCUGUUAGAUCUCAUUCCUAUAUCCCCACAGGCUAGGGUGUCAGUGUCAGCCGAAGUAUUUGCACAUCUUCGUGAUUUGCAUAUUGAGAUCAAUAAACAACUUGAAGCCAGUAAUGCAAAAUAUAAACUCCAAGCUGAUUUGCAUAAACGACAUGUUGAGUUUAACAUUGGAGAUUACGUUAUGGUCCGCAUUAGGCCAGAGCGGCGUCUACAUGUACCUGCCUCCAAAUUGCAAGCUCGUAAUGCUGGUUCUUUUAAAAUUUUAAAGCAAGUUGGUCCAAAUGCAUAUGUUGUUGACAUUCCA